CUGAGCACAACAACUUCCAGCUGCAAUGUUUAAGGGUUGCCCAUAGAAAAGAGUUGAGAGCGUUCUCUCCUGGGAUCGAUCUGCGACCCAGGUUCUUUUUUCCGUACAUCAAUGGUUUCCUUUGAUUCUGUUAAUCCGAAGCAUGGAACUGGUAAUAUUGUGUUUGUAAUAUCCUCCUCCACUUGAUUCUGUUCUCCGGUUGCAGUUUUGGGGGUAGGUUUGAAUCCAGAAACAAGAAAAGAAGAACUGAAAAUCGCGAAUUUACUGUUCACGGGUUGUCGAAUUUAUGCAUAAAUCUUGAAUUAAGUAGCGAUUCUUUGAAAUUUGGGAUUGGUGUGGAACUCCUGACUCUGGGCGACCCUCGCUAAUCUUGUUUGGAGCUUUUCUGACCUAAGGUCUGUAAUGAACUGGUGUUGACUGGUGUGCUCGUCGCGAAGAAUGAUGCUCUUCGUUCUGCGAUACUGAGGCGACUCUGUUUCAAGGGCGGUCUGUUUCUGCUGGUUCUGGAGGAUUUUGGAAACUACAUACGGAGCCUAAAACUGCUGAGCUAUGGAUUAUUACCUCUGCACUUAAUCGUUUCCUGCUAUGGCGAGAAAACAUCAGGGAGCAGGGGAGGCUACAGAGCCACGCAUCACUCAAUCCCGAUUUGCUGUGUUGGAAGGUGCUGAGGAUGAAUUCCCCUCUCUGCAACCAGGGAAUUACAUGAAGAAUAAGGAUAGCCCUGUGGCUACUACUACUAAACGAACUGAUAAUUUUAGGCAAAAAACUGUACUAGCGCAGGAAGCUGUUGUUUUUAACGGAGGUUCACCCCCUGGACAAGAAGCUGGGAUUGAAGUUCUGAGUGCCUCAGGAGCAAUUAUAAAUUUUUCUGGGAGUGCUGCUGCUAUUGGUCAGAAGGCAACGACCUUAGCUGCAGGGAUGACACAUGAGGCAGACUUGCUAUUUUCUUCUGCUGUACCUGAUAACAAUGGGAACCAAAAGGGUGUGUUGCCGGCUUAUGGACAGUCUACACAGCAGGGUGCAUUGCUUAAAGACAGUGAAUUAUCUGGAAACAAGGUGAAACAUGCUGAAGGGGUGAUUUCUGCUGUCACCCAGUCUACACAACACCAACCUGGAGGAGUCAAACCUUGGAGUAACUUGUUCAAGGACAACAGAAAUCCGACACAUGGUAUCAAGUUGAGAUAUAUCCCGCCUAAAGGCAAUGAGCUAGACUUUACCGAUAAAGUUUUGCCAUCCAUGGUUGACAUGUGGGGCUAUUGCCUUGUUGGGUACUUCACAGGUAGAUUCCCUGGCCUUAAAGCAAUUUAUGAUUUAAGAUCAAAAUGGAAUGUUAACUGCUUGAUAAAAGAUCAUGAAAAGGGUUGGGUUAUUUUCAAAUUUCAAAACGAAUUGGAUAGGACUAAGGUUCUAAAUGAAGGUCCCUACACCGUGUUUGGGAAACAACUAAUUCUAAAGGUACUUUCUGAGGAUUUCUCGUUCGAGGAUGAAGAGUUUCUUAAAGUACCUAUUUGGGUCAAAUUUCCCAAAUUACCAUGGAAACUAUGGAAUGAUGAGGCUAUGAGUGAAGUAGCAUCGAUGGUUGGAAUUCCGUUGACUACGGAUAAGGUAACUCAAGAAAGGACCAACCACACCUUUGCUAGAGUUCUAAUUGAAGUUGAUAUUUCGAAACCACCACAACUUUCUUUUCCUAUACGGCUAUCUUCCAAACAGGUUUUCAAACAAAUGGUGGUUUACGAAACAUUUCCGAGCUAUUGUUUUCAUUGCAAAACAUACGGACAUAACCCGUUCAUUUGCAAAAAGUUGACACCAACAAAGGAUGGAAAGGCUGCCCAGAAUGUUACCAUUGUGACUGGGAAACCAGAUUCUGCCCAGCAUGUAAAAAGCAUAGAAGACCACACUGAUAUCUUGGAUACCACUGUUAUUCCCACGGUGACAGUUAGGGAGGAACGGGCUUUGCUUGAGGCAGAUAGAAUUGUUCCUGAGAUGGAUCACUCGCUGCAAUUUCCAGACAAGAUGAGCUGAAGGGCUCUGCUGCUACUGCUGUGUUGAAGGACACUGCUGCUCCUACUAUACCGGAACUUCAAGGCAACACAAUUGCAAUUACGGACAAGCUAGUUUUGGCAGCGGCAGGUGUAUGUGAUGAGGACGCUGCUGCAUUGGAACUGGAUAAAAAAACAAUAAAAAAGAAGAAGAAAAAGAGGGGUAGGCCGAAACCAAAAAAAUCCGGCAGAUUGCCAAAAAAUGUUGAAAGUGAGAGUUCAGAAUGGUAUGAGACAGACAGCUCGGGGAGGGAGGACCUAGGUUCGGACUUUGACGAAGUUUAUGUGGAUGGUAAAACUUUUGUGAUUAGAAAAGAUGCUAAGGUGAAUAGAAAUAGAAUGAUAAGGAGAAUACAAGGCCUAAGUUGGGAGGAAACAUUUGCUAAAAAGAAAAUGGAUCUUCCAGAAUUUUUUAAGGGUCGGAAAAGGAAUAAAUUGGCUCUCCUAUUUUGUGAUGAUUUUAGUAUGGAUGUGGAAGGUAUGCUUUGGCCUUGUACUUGAGGGAUUACACUGGUGUUAUUCUGUAUUGGGAGCAGCUCGCUGCAUGAUUUCGUUUAUUAGUGAGCUGGAAUUUUAGCUAUUUUUGAUUUGUUUUUGAUGUGGGGUAUGCCCCUUUUUAGCUGAUAUAUUCUAUCUAGACUAGCUUUGAUAGUCAUUGAGGUCUGUUUUGAUACAUUGUAAAAUGUUAUUUUGGGUGCUAAUAUAUAUACUUACAUUUCAUCCCAAAAAAAAAACCACUGGAUUCAUUGACAG